CCUAGUGAUUUUUAAUUAAUUUUUCUUUUCUAGAGCAACUACUUUGAAACUGAAGAAUUCGUUCCUGAUUUUCUCGUUUCGACUUCGAACUUUUAUUCGCAAACACCACAGUUCAGCUUUACCAGCAUUGUAAAGUAAAUUCAAACAAAUAUCUGAUUCUCUUGUGAUUUGCUCAGCUCAUUUUCUCUUUGUUCUUUCUUCUUCUUGUGGUUUAUGCAAGAAUUUAGAGUGAACUAGCGAAUGGUAAUUUGAGUCUCGGGUCAGUUAAUCUGGUCUGGUCUGAGUGUUUUAGUUGGUACUACUUGUUACUAGUAUAAGUCGACUGCUGCGACUGUUGAUUAAAUUAAAAAUACAGCUGACUACUGCAUUAUCAGCGCUUGUUUUAUUGGUUUGUCUUGGUGCUGCCGCUCCCAUUGCCUUCUUUCCAUUAAUUUUAUGGACCAAAAUUGCAAAUUUACGGCAGCCGUCGCAUUCAUGUAAUAAUGUGCUGAUUAAAUUCUAAAUUGGUGUACCAAUUUCGUCGCUGUUUUUUGUCCCUUGUAUUGUAUUUAGCAAAAGAUGGAACGAACGAGCAAGUGCUAAUCUAUCUCACCAAUUCUAUGGCAAAAUGCAGCUUUGUGAAUCCAAACUUGCGUGCAAGUUUUAUUGCCUGCUGAAGAAGCCAUACAAGAACCUGAAAUUUGUCUCAUUAAGUCGCAAUUACGCUCUCUGAUCAUUUAUUUACCUGUGCGCACUUUUGCCAAUCGAUAAGAUUUUAGCCGGUGGUUCUUAUAUAACAGCUCAUUUUCCUGCCAUUGAUACAUUGCAAACGGGAGCAGAAUAGAAGCGUACAAGCCCGUCGUAUGAUUUUUCAGAUUUCAGUUGAGUGCCUUAUCGAUAGAGAGGGAAAACAAUAGCACUAUAAAACAUACCAUUCCGUCUAAUUCCCUCCCGCCGUGGCGUGCUGUUAAAUUACAUCUGCAAGUCUAUCUCCGUCUCCAAUUCAUUCUUAGCUACUUACUUGCUUGCAUCGUCUGCAGCUACCACUGCAUGUGUCUGCUGUUGAGUAGUCGUUUGUUUCGAAUCUGACCCACGAGCAGACAUCCAUUCUAAGAUGGAUGGGUUUAAACUUUUCGUUGAUUUAUUCCAUCGGCUCAACAUUAAGAACGAGCAGGAAAAUCGAGUGAAAAAAAAUCGGACAAAGUCAAAAGGAGAGACAAACCCUAAACAGCACGCAGUGCAAAUAAACGGAACCGGCCUGGACCUCUUGUCCAGUUCAGACCCUGACUAUUCGCAUCACAUAUCUCAGCCGGUGGCAGACGGACCUGACAGCAGAACUGCACGUAUAUCUUCAGAUCCUCAAGCGUCUGCGUCAUCUCAGUAUAUGUCGCCCGAAGUCUUUUCCAACGACCCGAUUCCAAGUUUAAAUCCAUUGUCUCCACGACAAGUAACAUUCGAGAAUCAUGACACUGAACAUGAUUUAAGCACACAUAUGGAAAUGGAAUCGAUGGCAACUCUGACAGAGACUGCGGGUGGUGAGUGCACUCCAGAGCAGGUGUCGCAGUUUUUGAGGAGCAAUCCGAGUUAUCUGACGAAACACGUGAUCAGUGAGGUGAACUUGGAUGUGGUGCAGUCAUGGCUAAUGCAAUUGUGCGCCUCAGGCAGACGACGCUCUGAAACAGAAGCGAUUCCGGCCAAUUCUACUGUCAAUCACGCGACCAAGCGCAAGCACUCUAAACCUUUGACGUCGGAAUUUCUCGAAAUGAGAAACUCCUCGGUGACAGGUAACGGUCGCGCCCCUCUGAGUGGGACAGCGACCACUUCAGCCAGCAGUACUUGGCGUAGCAGUAGCCAUCGCAGAUUCUCUCUCGGUACCGAAAGAGACUCGCCGAAGAACGAUGAUUCGGGCGCAACCACACCUACUCGAAAAAUAUCAGCACACGAUUUCAACAAUGGGGAAUUAGACGAAUUGCCUCUCAUAGAUCAUUCCAGUGGUUCAUUCAUCACUGGAGAGUUACGACGCCUAAACAUUGAUCGUAUUUGGGAACAAAUACCUGACCAAGUCGACUGUUCUGACGAGGAAAUGUACAGUAAAUUAAGCAAGCAACAGGCCAUUGCCUCCAACAUGGGGGUGAUCGACCAGGAACUGUUGCUGGCUGAGUUAGUGAAGGACAUAGCCAACGAACUAGACAACCGACUGCUGUGUCACAAAAUCCUCCAACAUCUCUGCGCCCUAAUCAACGCAGACAGAGCACUUCUUUACUUGGUAGAAGGUGAUAAAAAAUCAGACCGCAACUACCUCGUCAAUGCCCUUUAUGACGUCACAAGAGGGGUGGACAACGGAGUCUCAAAUGAGGAGGACGUUGAAAGCAAAAGUGGGAGGUAUCUGCGAGUGCCCAUAGGCGUAGGAGUGAUAGGAACUGUAGCAAAGUGCCGAGAGCUCAUCAACAUACAAGAUGUGAAUGAGGACGAGAGGUUUCUACGAGGAACUGACGAUGGCCUCCUUCCCCCUUCUUACGCAGUUAACAACAUGCUAUGCGUUCCUGUCCUGAAUGUCAGUCAAGAAGUGAUUGGAGUGGCGCAGGUCAUCAACAAGCAACGAAAACCCCAAAACAUGACGACAUCGCUGGAUGUUACCAAAGAACUACGGACGAAUGGCUGUGAGCCACCGACUGAAGCAUUUAAUGCGCGGGAUGCCAGAUUAUGCAGAACGUAUCUUGCUUUCUGUGGAAUUUGUCUGAUGAAUGCCAAAUUGUACAACAGGUCUCGGCUGGAGAGCAAGCGAAGUAAAGUGUUGCUGGAGAUGGCCAAGUGUGUGUUUGAAGAGCAGAGCACUGUGGAGGUACUGGUCACUCGCAUCAUGCGACAACUACUCUCUUUCAUGCAAUGUGAGAGGUGCUCUGUCGCCAUAUUCCCCUCCAACGUCACCCCAGCUCCUUCCGAUGCAAACCCUCUGACCAACACGAGCAGCAAUUACACAGCCCAAGGCAACCUAACUGCAAAACCCAAUGAUAUCGGCAACCGAGCUCUUGAGCAAUCUUUGCUGAGCCGAUCGAAAACAUUCCACAUGAGCUUUUCUGAUCUGGACCAGUUUGGAGAACUGAUCGAGGAGGAUUCAAACUACACAACCUCCCCGUUUCCCCCGCAGUCUCGGAAGGCCACCUCGUUCUCACCUGUCCCCUCUUCUACCUCGUUUCCCCUCUACCACAAUAUUCUCUACCAGUGCAUGAACACAUCUUCCCCCGAAUCGAUGGUCAAUUUGUCCUCUCCCAUGGAAGACCCAUCAGUGGAACCCUACUGGACCUCUUCUGAGAAUGGCGAUGACUCAUCAUCAAGUGCUUCUCGCCCCUCUUCAGUGCUGUGCUCCGGUAUCCGCAACAGCAAGGGGGAGUUGAUAGGGUGUGUGCAGCUGGUGAACAAACCAGAGGGUGGGUUCACAAAAACAGACGAACACUUUGUGGAAGCGUUUGUGAUCUUCUGUGGUUUGGGAAUUUCGAAUACACGCACCUACGAGGACAGCGUGGAGUUGUCCAACAAACAGAAAGUGUCUAUGGAGAUGUUGAGCUACUACACAAAAGCGAGUGAUGCAGAGGUCAAGUCAGUGCUUUCCCAUGCAUACCACUCGGCAGCAUCCUCGGGCAGUUCCAGGUCACGAAUGAACCUCACAAACCGAGUUGGCGAUGUCGAAAACAACUCCUUCGAUUUUAGAAGCAAUCCGAGUCAGUCCGCAACGAGUACGAACAGGAGUAGUUUCGCUUUCGUGCCAAGACAGGAUUCCUCUCCCGCCUCCUCUCAGGUUGAACUAGACGACAACUCACAGGAUAGAGACAGAGCCCAGUCGCUGAGUGAAAUCACGGCAAAGUCUCAACCUCAAUCAAACAAACAAUCCCUCAAAACCAUCUCUUCUGGAGUUAACAAUUCCAAGAAGAAAACGUCGCAGCCCAUUCCGAUAACGGAGUCACAGGAAGAAAAGGCAUUAGUAAAGUCUAGGAAGAUCUCAGCCCCUCCUCAUCCCCGUAAACUGAGGCAUUCUGUCGCUGAGGUGUGUGACGAGGAAGAGGAUGGGGAUACCAAUUGGGUGUGUUCGGACUGUGCUUUGAGUGGAGGUGGGGAGUGGAGGAAAAAGACACUUGUUCGCCAUAUCUACAACUUCAAAUUAGAUGAACUGAAGUUGUCUGAAGUAGAUACUUUGUCGUAUGCGCUUGCUAUGUUCAGGGAAUUGGACCUAAUCAGGGUGCUAAAAACAGACGAAAAGACUAUGGUGAAGUGGCUGGUUACGACGAAGAAGAACUACAGACAAGUGACGUAUCACAACUGGCGCCACGCUUUCUCUGUGUGUCAGCUGAUGUUCGCUUGCCUCACCACAGGAAACCUCUGCCCCCACUUCUCCCCUCUGCAGAAGGCGGCACUCCUCCUUGCCACCAUCUCACAUGACUUAGACCACAGGGGAACAAACAACUCAUUCCAGAAAUUGACUGAAUCGCCAUUGGCUCAGUUGUACUCUACCUCCACCCUGGAGCACCACCACUUCGACCGCUUCCAGGCCAUACUGCUCGAGAGUAGUUGCGACAUCCUCGCCAAUCUCAGAUCAGAGGAACAGCAAGCGGUCGUCUCCAGCGUCAAGCAUGCAAUCAUAUCCACAGAUCUGGCACUCUACUUCCAGAAAAGAGACGCCUUCUUCCAACUUGUUGAGGAUGGAUCUUUCGACAUCAGUGAUUCUGCACAUCACGCGCUGCUUUGCUCCAUGCUUAUGACGGCAAGUGACUUGGGAGCCAUCACCAGACCUUGGCAUGUGGAGUUCCAGAUCGCAAACAUGAUAGCGGAGGAGUUCUUCGAGCAGGGAGACAUCGAGAGGCAGAAGUACAACAAAGAGCUCAAUCCGAUGUUCGACAGGUCGAAGCAGAGCGAGAUACCUCAACUGCAGCUCAACUUCAUUGACAAAAUCUGUGGACCAGUUUACAAGAAUCUGGCGCUACUGUUUCCUAGUUUGAAGCCGUUACUUGAGGGACUAGAAAAUAACCGAAGACAUUGGUCAGAUCUAGCAGAGGAAGCAGAGGCACAGGCGACCUCGGAAACAGAUGCCGCAGAUGAGAAGAACAGUAGCUGCUAGUUUUUGAGACCAGAACCACAAGCACACACAGUGGAUAUCGAGGUGUGAUGCGCAGAUACUGAAGUACAUAGAAAUGCAUUGAGGCCCGAAACAGGGAGAACGACGGAAAUUCUUCUAGGUGACUUGAAUAAAAUAGAGAUUAAGAUGGAAGCAAAUUGCUCCGACGAACUGGCCACAGCGAGGAGAAGAAAUGUGCUAAAAUCAGAUGCUAUCAAAUUAGAAUUGGAUGACCGCUUAUCCAACCUUAGAUAUGGUUUGAUCGGGAAUUCUUUAUAUUUGGAUACCAUAAUCAUCACUUCACGCGGAAAUUAAAACGUUAUAGCUCGGUUGCCUUUGUACUAAAACACUCAAUCUCCUUAUUUAGCCACUAUUUGCAUGAGUUUCCAGUGGUGUCUUCUCAGCUAGAGUUAUAAUUACAAUUAAUCAUGCUCCUUUUCUUGAAUUUGACGUGUAACUGUUUAUUUGUGGUCAAAUUAAUUUUUCAUUAAAAUAAACAUAGAAUUCAACAUUUAAUGUAGUUUUGUAGUGAUUUAUCAAGAUUACAAAUUGAAUUUUACAGAUUCCCGAAAA